AUGGAAGGCUUGAUCCCAUAUCUCCUCCACGCCAUCAAGAAGCAGAGGCCGCAACACACUUAUCGGUGCCUCUCCGACAGCUCCACCAGAAGCUACCACCUCCUGCACGGCGGAGAUAAGUCCAUUGAGGGCGGCUCCUCCCACCAUAGAACGCGAUCCGAAUUCCAGGAGCCAGCGGCGGCGGUGGCUUUGGACAACUUGUUCUAUACAAAAACCUGCUCCGGAGCUUCCAUGAUGUCUACUUCAGAAGCUAAUAACGGCAUGAGACACAGGGUUUUCGCUUCAACCACUAAUUACCAAUUAAGUUGA